AUGUCAACUGAAUCCCUCCCCAUAACUCCAGGAGCCUUCGCUGAGGCAAUCAAAGAGCUUCCCCUCGCAGUCCUCUACAGCAAAGUCUCCGAGCUCACAAACUCCAUCGCACACCUACAUCGCUCGAAUGCCGAGCUCCGCGCAUUCUUAGCAGAAAGUAAUGAUUCAGAUGACGACAAGAAGGAGCUGGAGGGCUAUAUUGCUGAAAAUGAGGGCGUGGCCGUGUCUAUGAACGAACGAAUCUCGUUGCUGAAGAUUGAGGUCGAGAAUCGUGGGCAACCUUGGAUUGAGCUUGAUGAGCUUAAGAUCGACAAGAGACAGGACACUUUGACAGAUGUGCCGGUGACGAAUGGAAAUGCGACCGAUAGUGGAACUGGAGCUGGGGCUGGGACUGAGGCUGAAGCUGGUGCAGGACAACAGUCUAAUGAUCGGGAGGAUGAGGAUGGGGAUGGGGUCUAUCUGUGA